GUGUCAGUGUAAGGGUUACUUAAGACUUGUUACAUAGCGUCCGUAACUGCAUCUUCUUUAUCUCGAAGUUAUAACACGCCUGUCUGUGACAGUAUAUAAGCUACUGCGCUUCGCUGAGCUUUGGGUCUUCAUUCACGGCGGACAGCAUUACAGUAAAGAUGCUUAAAGCCAUUGGUCAAACUUUUUUUUCUUCUGGACUCCAGCACCCAAAAUUCACUGCUCAACAGAGUAAGGGUGAAGACUAUGAGGUCCGCACUUACCACACAACAAACUGGGUCAGCACAGCUGUGACUGGCAUGGAGCAGGACCCGGCCUUUAGCACAGGCUUCAGAAGACUCUUCAAAUACAUUCAGGGGAAUAAUGAGAAGAAGUGUAAGGUGGAGAUGACGGCACCAGUGAGCUGUCUGAUUGAGCCUGGUGCUGGACCCGCUUGUGAAAGCACCUUCACUGUAUCCUUCUACAUCCCUGAGGAACAUCAGGCUGACCCACCCAAACCCACUGAUUCAGAUGUUUUCAUCGACAACAGAAAAGAGGUCACGGUUUUUGUGAGGACCUAUGGAGGCUUUGCUAACAGUGAGAGCAGCCGUGCUGAGCUUCUGAAACUGAUAGAGAGCCUCAAGAGGGAUGGGAUGAAAUUCAAGGAGGCUCCGUUCUACAGAGCAGGAUAUGACAGCCCCUUCAAACUGACCAACCGCAGGAAUGAAGUGUGGCUGAUCAAAGAUGAGGAAUAAAAGUUCCAAGGAUUAAAUGGUCAUGCAUUAUGAUGUGAAUGAAGGAAGAGAGCAAUUUAUUUGUUUGAAUUUAACAAUAGUUAUUGUGCAGAUGCUUUGUUUACUAUGUACUGCAUGUGCCUGAAUGUUUUUAUACGAGAAUUUAACACUACCAAUUGUAUACCUGACCAAUAUUUUACAGCAACAGUUUUAGGUACUGACAGUUAACUGUGAAAUUAUACAAAAAGAAUGUUGAAAUAAGUUCUAAGAAGCUGUCAGACUGACACAUUGCCUAAAUCUCACUGUUUGCAAUGUCACUAAUAAUGUCUCAAAGCACUUACGAUCAAGUACUGCAUGACUUGACUGAAUUUAACUAAACUGAAUUUAAAAUGUUGUGAAAU